AUGAGCAGCGGCAGCAGGAAAGGUCCGCCCAAGCACCAAAACGAGUUCGCCUGGAAACCCAACGGUUCCCGCAAGAUCAACCCAACUGAAGUAGGGGGGAAAUUGAGGCCCUAUUCAGAAGUAACGGGGGUAUGCCUGCGAUGUAAAGAACAGAUUGAAUGGAAACGGAAAUACGGAAAAUACAAGCCCCUUGCUGAACCCGCCAAAUGCCAACGGUGUUCCAAGAGGAAUGUUCGCCAAGCUUACCACAAUCUCUGCAAUGGCUGUGCAAAGGAGCAUAGAAUAUGUGCCAAGUGCUCAUGUCGUGUUGGCAACAUUGUUGGAAGAGAUAUUUCAGAAAUAGAAGCUGAGCAGAAGAAACUUGAGGAGGCUAUCAAGAAUGCACGGGAGAGGGACAGGAGGACUUUGCUGCGCACUAUGGACAAACGAAAUCCUCGCAUCUCAAAGAAAUCACAAGCCAAUGACAACGGUGAGGCUGCUGAAGCAUCAUUGGAGGAACAUGAAGAGUUUGCUGGGGAUAUCGAGGACAAUGAUAAUGAUGAAGAUGAGGCUCAAGCUGUUACUUGUGAUAAGAUUUCAGAAUAA